AUGUGGAAGCUGAGCCGCAGCCGAGUGCUUCUGGACGAGCCCCCGGAGGAGGAGGACGGCCUGAGGGGGGAGCCGCCGCCCGCCGCGGACGCCGCCGCCGCGCAGGUGCAGGGAGCCGGCUUCCGAGGAUGGAAAGAAGUGACCUCGCUGUUCGAUAGUGACGACGAGCAGCACCUGCUGGGGAGAUGCAAAGCCCCCAAGUCCAGAGGGGCCGGCGCGCGGCUGAAGGAGGAGCUGCGGACCGAGAGGAAGCCUGGGUUCUGGGACAGUUUGGUCCUAAAGCAGAACGUGCCGUCGAAGAAGCCGGACGAGAUUGAAGGCUGGGAGCCCCCAAAGCUCGCCCUGGAGGACGUGGCCGCCGAGCCGGGGGGCUCCCUGGGUGCCGGGGCGGCGGGGCCGGGCUGGGAGGAGGGGGCCGCGGGCUCCGGCAAGUACACCAGCCUGGCCAGCCCGGGGGGUGGCUCGCGCUGGAGCCUGCGGUCGGCCGGGAGGCUGGUCAGCAUCCGGCGCCAGAGCCGGGGCCACCUGACCGAGCGCUGGGAGGAGCUGGAGUGAGGCCGGGCCGUCCCCGGGCGCCUCACACUGGACGCCCCGACGUUGCCGCUUCGCGUCCCGUCUGCUCAGGGCCUUAGUCGCUGUGGUGUGUUUGCUAGUCCUGAGUUGUCCGUCUUUCCCGAUCAAGAGCAUGGAGUCUGCUCUGCACACGUUUCCUGUCUCAGCCGGUUCGGAAUCUCCAGACACUGACCGCUUGGCGGGGCCGCGGCUGCUGUCCUGCGAGUCCGUUCCCGCCGCCCUCAGCGGCCGCCGUCCGGGCCGUGGUUGGUCCUGCCGUCGCGUCACCGCUGUGGCCACGCGACAAGCACGCCAGCCCGGGCGUCUUGCGAAGGCGUCGUGUUUACCCUGGGAAGUCACACUCUGUCUCGUGUUGCAUAAAAGUCAGCAAAUCAAAACCCAGGGCAGCAAGGGCUGCGCCAGGGGCACGAGGCCCCCACCUGCGGCGGACACGGAGCCGCCUGCUCGGAGCUCCCGUCUGCACCGCUGGACUUUCCGACACUGAUCUUUCUUCUCCUCUAAAGGUUUGUCCUUUUCUGAUGACGGACUAGGAGUGCUGUAGUGUGGGUCCGUCUUCGUAACUUGAAUCCAUGAUUUUGUGUGGAAAACGUUCGCUUGCUCAUUGUAGGGUUGAAACUGUAGACAAAACACUGGAAGUGCCUCCACUCUGACCCCGACUCGGCUCGGCCACUGUGAUCGCCCGGCUCCCUCGGGCUUCCUGCUGGUGUGCGGGCGCCGGUCAAGGGCCUUGCGGCCGCGCCAGGUCCCCGGGCAGCUCCUGCCUGUGGGCGGCGCACGGUCCGUCUGAGGUGUGAAAGGCGGGUAGUUUUUUUUGGGUACAAACAAUAACCACUGGUCACACUGUGUCCCUCUCGCAGGGAGCACUAGUCUGGGGCGCUCAGAGCUGAGAGUGUGGGGCUCUGUCCCCAGGUGCAGGAAGGUCGGUCAUUUCAGCGAGACAACAGGCUGCGGACUUUCCUCGAGCGGACGGUGCGGCAGGCGGUACCUGUCCAGCCUGAGCAGCGCUGCGGGGUCCGCACGUGCCCGGCCUCACGCGUCCCGUCCUGGGCUCCGGGCUCGGGUCCAGGACCCCGUGGGCGACCGGGCGGAAGACCUGCGGCGCCCAGUCUGGAGAAAGUGCUUCGUAGGAUCGCUCCUUAGAAUCCGAAGAAAAGCCGUUGGGAUCGGAACGUGCUCCGAGAACCUCCCGUGUCUCACCCACGGAGAUUCGUGCACAAGAAUUUCUCUUCUUCGUAUCGAGUUAGAGGGAAGGAGCUGUUUGUGGGGUUCACGUGAAUAUUUAUCGGUGCCUCAGGAGACGUGAUUUACCAAAGCAACUCUGUUCUCAGAUCGAGAGGAAUCAGGUCUUGGCGGCGGGGUCUGUGUUGGUCAUUGUU